AUGGGCAUAGUGAUGGGAAACAAGAUAGCUCAAUUUUUUCUUCUGAAGAAGUUUUUGACCAAGUUGUAUAGGCUUGUGGAUACCAGUAGGGUAGUUGGUUAUGCCCUUUCUCCCAGAGCAAGAAGAGGUUAUACUUAUUUUGCAUAUGACUGUGAUGAAACUAAACUUGGUGGUCUUCCAAGGGAUGUUCCAAAAGGUCAUUUUGUAGUAUAUGUUGGGAGUGAGAGGAGUAGGUUUGUAAUCCCCACAACAUAUUUGAGCCAUCCUUUGUUCCAGAUAUUGUUGGAGAAAGCUGAGGAAGAAUAUGGAUUUGAUCACCAGAUGGGUCUCACCCUUCCCUGUGAGGAAGUUUUCUUUGAAUAUAUAACUUCUGUUUUAGAAAGGGAGAAUCCCACUGUGACAAAUUUAGAGUUGAACAAGAUAAUAGACUCCUUCCAUACUAUAUAUAAAUGUAACACUAGUGUUUACUGA